AUGGACACUAGUAUCAUCGGGCCCGUCACCAUUAUGGAAAGCUUCAUUGGGCAAUUUGGGAAGCACUCUUCUGCCGUCCAUGGUAUUCUGGUAUCCUGCAUUCUUCUUUGUGCCGCCCUCGGAUCUUUAUUUGCUGGCACACUCGCAGACCGACUAGGCCGCCCAAAAGCAAUGGCAUUUGGUGCAGGAGUCUUUAUUAUCGGAACGAUCUUGGAGGCCGCUGCAGUAAAGCUUUCAAUGUUUGCUGUGGGACGUGUAAUUGAGGGCAUUGGCUAUGGCCUCUACUUCAGCACGCAGACCGUCUAUAUCUGUGAAAUAUCACCAACAAAAGCCCGAGGGCCACUCACCUCAGGACCGCAGUUCAUGACAUGCGUGGCACUGGUAGUGGGCUAUUUUAUCAGCUAUGGUACGGUAAAAAUACCAGGCUCUCUUUCAUGGCGACUUCCCUUUAUCAUCAUUUCAGUGAUGGCUAUAUUAUACCUGCUAAUCAAUCUAUUCCUCCUACCGGAAUCCCCGCGAUGGCUGAUUAGACAUCGGAAUUAUCGUGCGGCUGAGAAGGUGUGGGACCAGCUAGAAGUCAAACAGGAAGACCGCGAAACUGAAAAUGAUAAAUCACCUCCCCAGGACCCUACGGCUAUCCCUCUGCAAUCAAAUCUAUCCGAGGAAGAAAGGAACAAGCCUUACGCCCCGUUACUUUUCCAGCAGGCUGGCCUGGAAUCUCAAGAAGCAUCAUUCUUAGUCAGCAUCUGCAUCCCUGCAACACUGCUAGCUGAUAAAUGGGGUCGCCGCACUAGCACACUAGUGGGAGGAGUGGGUUUGACAGCGCUCAUGAUCUUGAAUGGCAGCCUCUAUGCUGGCUACGACCUGGGGCACAGCAUCAAGGUGUGGGCGCCAGAGAUUCAGCCCCAGCAUACGCGCGCCCAGGCGACCAGUCUUGCAUAUGCGCCAAUUGGUGUGCCAAGCGCCUAUUUCCUGUUUGGUGGAUGCACUGCAGUGGCAACAGUUGUCAGUUUCUUCUACAUGGUCGAAACGAAAGGGAAGUCUUUGGCCGAGAUCGAGCGCGCCUUUAGGACGCGGAUACCGGUCGCGAGAACAGCUAUCCCUAUGGUGAGACUGCUGAACUCCCACCAUGAAACUAAAGCAGCAUAA